GUGUUCUGUGGUUACGGUGCCACGUUAAAGAUUGAUACUAUUGAAUUCUGUCCACCUAUGCAAAAGGUAACAAAUUAAAGGACUUACCCUUGAGCUAUUAAAAGUAUAACACUCGGGUUAAAUGUGACCAAAUUUCAUUACUUAUUUUUCUAGUCUUUACUUGACAGCCAAAUCACUUUUCUUGAAUAUUAAACUUUUCAGCAGUAAUAAAGCGACUAAAUUUAAGAAGACUUUAGACUUAGAAGUUAGAGUAUACUUAGUACUUAUACUCAGGUAUACCCUAUGCCCUAUACCUAUAUUAUACUCAAUACACAGUCUCAACUCGAGCUAAUCAUCAACAUCAGUAAACAUAACGUCAUAAGUAUAGACACAGGCCUAAACUGAAGUCUCAACUAAUUGUAAUUCAACGUUUAAGCUUAAAAAGGCAACUUGACUUAGUUCACUAACUUCUUAACUAUUUUUUUAUUAACUGACCUACCUAUGCUAUGUGAAUGUGUAAAGUGCAUUCCUAUUCCAAAUUCCAUGUAUACUGAAUACUGUGGCUGUAGGCAUACUAUCCCUGUGUUUAUUACUUUUGGGUUCACUUUUUGAUAAUAAAAUUAAAAGUAGAGUAAGCAGAAUUAGUUAAGAAGAGUUUUCAGACAGUAUUUGGAUUAUGCGGUGCACCCUGGCCCUGUCAAUUGUAAACGUUUUUCUGUGCCUUUCGCAUUAAUUUCAUUUGGGGAGACUGCAUUUCCAUUUGUUCAAACACAGAACAGUUCUUCACACUAUAUAAUCCAAACUGAAACUAUUCAAAUAUUUAUGACGUUUUUUAAUUUGAUGUUAGUAAGAGUAAAAGUAAAAGACUGAAGUCUGUAAAGGUGUAUUGUUUAUAACUGAAAAAAAAUUUGUAAUUAAACUCUUUGUUAAAUUUAGUUCAAAAAAUUUUGUUUAUGAUUUAUGACCAUCUUUAAGUUUAAGUAAUAGGCUUAUCUAUAGGUUCUGUAUUAUAAUAGUAUAUACUUUUACUAGUUUAAGCCUUAAAUUAAGGCCAACAAAGGCAAAGGGGGCAUUUUCAUCCCUGAUUCAUUCCAGCAGCUGUAACUUAAGACUAAGACACUUAAUUCUAGUACUAAUAACAAUUAAUUUUAAUCAUUAGGCUGGCCAGUUUUUAUCAUCCAUUUUAAAACCAUAGCUGGGGAUGACUCUCUAAAGAAAUUCAAAUGCUUUACCCCGUAAUAAUCAGAAAAAUUUUAACAUUGCCCCACAGGAAUACCUCACUAAAAGUCAUUCAACUGUUUGAAAUAAUUGUUGAAAUACAUCAAAUAAUCAAUUACAAUGCUACCUAAAAAUUCUAAUAAUUAUCCUACCUUAAAUUAAACUUGGUAUUUGAAAAAAAAAGAUAUUUUGUCAUAUUAUUUAAGAGGUUACUACCGUUAGGAUGGUUUCCACUCUGAAUAUCGUCCAUCCCAAUAAGCAUCAUAUUAAUUCAAUAUGUGGGUGGCUGAGUGGUCUAAACUGAUCAAAUUUCAAGGUCUUGGUCUGGAGUUCAAUCCCCACCAAAGUCCAGUCAAGCAACAUUAUCACCAGCACCCCGGAUGGAUGGGACUUGUAAACCUUGGAUAGUAACUCAUCUAAGAGAAGGAAAAUCUGAGUUCAAACCUGGAGAUGGAGUCCUGUAGGUGAUAAAAUUGGUACACUGAAAGGAUCCGACAACUCGCGCCACUGGUGCCAAACCACACAAUGUUCCCUUAGAUUAUCCAGCGGCGUGGAGAUGAGCAAUUAGCUGUUGGGAACUAGCUUAUAAUCCUAAAAGAAUAAUCCCAGACCUUGUGGAUUUCGUCCUGCGAAGUCCACUCCAUCGUCACAUUGUGACGGGCGGAUGUCGGCAAAAAAAAAAUUAUUUAAUAUUAAAUAGUCCUAGUGAAAUACCGGUAGUAAUUUAUAUAUUCAUUUUAAAUCUAAGAUCUGAUUGAUUAUAUGAGGUAUGAACAAAUGAAAUUUUAAUGUGGCAUUUUUGUAACACCAGGAUAACUAAUUUUUUGGAGAAUUGAACACUGCUACUACACAAAAAGGUUGCACGGACAUGGCUACAUUGAGUAACACUGCCUUAAUGUGCAGUGUAUUAAUUGUAUCACACGAUGUCAGCUUAUCAAUGUCACAAACCAGUAAGGACUAGAAUUUUGUCAGCAAAAUCAGUUUGUUUCCAAUAAUACAUGACUGUUGCUGAGACUAAAAUCGAGGUCACUUUGUCUUUGCAUCCGUGUGUUCUGUGCUAUAAAUUAAUUAACACGUUUGCAGAUAACUUUAUCCCAGUAUGGUCACCCCAUUUACAGUACAUAUCUAUCUAGACAUUACUUGGAUUAUGGGACAGGGCUCAGCAUUGUUUUCCAGAGUUUUUAAACAAAUGUUCCAGAUCGAGCACAUUGUGUAAGAAAAUAAUAAGAAAGAGGUUGAUCGGAUAUACAGCAUUUUAGAUAGUUGGCGUUUGGAAAAGUGAUGCUCUAAUGUAAAUUAUACUUUAAUGAUAGUCAUGGAAAAGUGAUACUCUACUGUAAAUUAUACUUUAUUAUAGUCAUCCCUUUUAUUUUAACAUAAAUUAUAAUGUUAAAUUUGUCUCAGUUAUACAAUUCCUCUUAUUCCAUAUGUAGAGAGCAAUGUCAUGUCACAAGAACUCAAAGUUCCGUUAAUUGAUGCUGAGGACGAUCACAUACUGGGCUUAGAACCUAGCUCUGCUGCCAUGAACAGGAAAGGUCCUCAAGAGGGUUUAGGUCAGUAAUACAAUGUUACAUCUUUUCUAUUUUUCCUUUAAUGUGUGAUCAACACAAUUGUAUAUGGGCUCUUCCGAAAAACAGAAUUAAAAUUUAUAGUGUUAUGUUCAAGAUACAGACAGUACUAUGUAAAUAUUACUAAUAUAGGACAUGGCUGAGUAAAUAUGACUAUUAUAUGACAGUAUUUUGUAUAUAUGACCAUAUAUAAGACAAUAUGGUGGAUACUGGCAGUGGCCUUAGAAGUACUUUUAAAAAAAAAAUAAUUGAAAUGAUACUAUUUUUAUGCAUCACUACUAUGCAGAUGUCAGUAUUGUAGAUUCCAGUAAGUAAAUUGCUUGAAAUCAAUAUGCUUAUUAGUUCCUAAAUGUAAUAUAUAUAGUCAACAUAUUUUAUCUCUAUUUUCCACAAAUGUUUCCUGCAUUUUUUAGUCAGUACUCUGUUAUAUUUUCAAAAACUAUUUGCUGGAACCUCACAGAUUUGGUUACCGGAAAUUUGAUCGAAAGAAAUUUCGUCGACGGUAAUUUGAUCGACCGGAAAUUUGGUCGAAUCUUUUUUUCAGUUCACACGUUAAGAUUUUCGUCAAAUUUCUUUUUCAACGCACUUAAAUGUAUAGUAAAACAAAAUAAUGCAUUCAAAAAGACAUUUGAAGCAAAAUUUAAACGUAAAAACGGAAAAAAAGAUUCGACCAUAUUUCCGUUCGAUCAAAUUACCGUCGAUCAAUUUACCGUCGACGAAAUUUUUUUCGAUCAAAUUUCCGGAUACGCACAGAUUUUUACAUUUUUUUUUGGCAGUGGAAUGCACUUAUUGAAUUUGUUUUUCACCCUGUAUUUGUUUCUGUAAUAAAUUUUUAUGUAUUUUGAUCUUCACAUUCCGCUGCUUACAUCUCUCACUAGAAGAAAACUACAGAGCUGAGAUUCUGUACACAGCUUAGUCUCUUCUUGCUUUUGAAUCUUUUAAAAUUUGGAUGAUCUUUGUUUUAACCAUUCCGAAAUAUGGUAUUACAUUUUUUUAAUUAGGGAUACAAAAUUAAAAUGGUAGCUACAUGACAUCAAAGAAUUGCCUUUUAGGAUUUUUUUCUCUUACAUAAUUUAUAAAAGAAUGCUAUAAGCUCAAUCAGAAAAUGGAAUCUUUAUUUUUUUUUUUAAAUGUGUUUCUUUCAUGGGUUGUGGGUUCUAUGCCUUUUCUGGGUCUUGUUAAAUGCAGCAUUAAAAAUUAAAUUUUUGUCUAACUCAAUUUUAUAUCUUAAUUUAAGUGAUAUUUAUUUCUUUUGCAAUCUGUAAAAUGUUAAUGUUUUUUUUAGGAUUUACUUCUGCUUGACUCUGUUGAAAUCUGGUUUUAUAUAAUUCUCUUUCUAGGAAAGAUAAUUUUGUAAAAAUUGUGUGUAGGUCAUUUAUUUAAUUAUUUGAAAAGUCUGUCAUACAUUAUCAAGUGUAGAUUUACAUUGAGUUUCCUUACACAUUUGUAUCUUGAAUGCUCUUUAUUAUUCCAAAUAAUUCCACAACUGUAGUUAUAGUUUAUGUUAAUGUCUAAUGAUGACAUAAUGUGGAAAAAAGUUCGUGCUGAAUUGGAUUUCCAACUGACCCAAUUGUAUUCGUUUAAAUAAAACAAAGUGUUUAAAGGUGAAUUUUAAAAAAAACAACAUUACUUAUGAUUUUAAUUUUUUUUCUUGUCUUUGUUUAAUUUUUUUAUUUUUGUGCCUAAACUUAAAAGUUGGUAAUCCCAUGCAAAACUAUGAACAGGUUUGUGAAUUUAUCAAAAGUUAUCUGGGGAUUGACUUACAGAGCCACCCUAACAGACCCCACCACACUUCUUAGCCCUUAUUUCUGCUUCCCUCUACCCCCAAUCAAAAUUGCAGUUCCAACACCUUUUAAUAUUUAAAAGAAGCUCUUCUCCUUCACCAUUCUCAACAAAAGUUUCUCAGUUUCAUUGUUCAUGGAAUAAUUCUGGUUGUGAGUUGCCACAAUUUGGCAAUUGUUAUAGAGGGGUCGCAGCACUCAAAAGGUUGAGAACCUGUGGGCUAAGAUAAUAAGAUAAUAAUAUUAAGCUUUUAGUGUUUUGAAGCCUCAACUUGGAUGCCUUCGUGAUUGCUACUGGUUCUAUGAGGUUUGUACAAAAAAAAAGAGUAGUAGUUUGCCUGUGACGCCACUUACUUUUUUGAAUUGGGGUGUCUUAAAAAAUCAUUUUUGUUGCUUCUUAACUCAAUUCUAGAAAGUUAAGUAAGGCUAAUUAGAACAGACCUAAUAAUAUAUUUUAAAAAAAAAUUGUUCUUUCAAUCGGAAUAACAUUUUUCAUUUCAACUGACCGUAUCAUCAUCCAAUCCAUGUUUACCUAGCCAAACCAUGACAACCACAAAUGACAUGAAAGUGAAAUGAUAUGAACAAACUUAUUUUGCUCUUUUCUCUCCAAAAUAUAUCAUUUUCCCUAAAUGGUUGCAACCCAUACAUGCACUUUUCACUUCUCCCCAUUGGUUGGAAGACGUUAUAGAACUGCGAAGAUAACUUUUUUCUAACACCCGCACUCAGACCCCCCAUGGAUUGUCUCAGAAUACCUGUAUAUGGUACAGAUGUUAAAAAAACUUUACCCGGCUCAGUGCUAUUAAAAAAUGUAAUAAAAUUAUGUUUUGAAACACUAUUCAGACUCGGAAAUGUCAAAUUAAAUGGUGUUCAUCUUUCAUGUAAAGGUAAAAGGCACUCAGUGUCUUUUCUAAUAUUUUUCAUAAAAUAUUCACCUACAGCAUUUUCAAUAUGUUCUGUUGAAAUAAUUCAGUUUUUUAAAAUAUUUUUUGCUCUUUCUUUUAUAAAAAGAAACUGAUUUCAGGAUUAGUAUUUAUUAAAACAAAAUAUUUUAUUUUUGCUUCAUGUUUUAGGACAAUACAAAGGUAAAGAUUACACUUUAAGAUUGUAUCAUGCAUGUACUGUGUGGCAUGUCUCAACUCGAAAAGCUCUUUUAAUUGCUUUCAUCUUCUUUUUCUGUCAGUAAAAGAAAUUUUUUAAAAUUUAUUAAUCCCUAGAGACAUCAUAGAGUUUUAUGUUAUACUUAGUUAUAUUUAGUCAGUAAAUAAAUUAGCUUUCAGAGAACUUUUCAAGUAACUUAAUUUUUUUGUUGUUAGAAUGGCUAGCUUUGAUUCUUUUUUUUUUUUUUAUUAGAAUGGCUAGCUUCAUUUCUUUUUUUGUUUGUAUUUAAAUUUCCUGCUUAUUUUUAAUAUUAUUUGUAAAAGCAUUCAUAGUUCCCUUGUGAUAAUUUCUACUCCUGUUUUUUUAAUUUUUGACUGUGACUAUUUGUUGGCUUUUUCUUUUAUUAAAUUUAAAAAUCUCUGUUGAACAAAAUUUUGACACAUGUAUUAUAUAUAUAUAUAUAAAUAUUCUUAUAUCUUUUGGUGUUACUCAUGAAUUAAGUCUUUUUUUAUGGAUUAAAAAAAGUCAUAAUGAACCUUAUAAUUUAAAUAUCCUUCAUAAUACACUGUUUAUUUUAUGGACUUGACAGGUCUUCACAUCAUUUAAGAAAUUUAAGGCAAUAAAAUAACCCAACCUACUUUUGUGAGAUAGUAGAGAGAGCAAUAUUGCAGAAGAGCAUUAGCUUUUUUUAAACAAAAAUAAUAAUAAUUUUAUUUCUUUGUCCCAAAGUCUAAUACGUCAUUAAAAACCUUGUAUAUCUGCUCCUAUAGUUAAUUUUGGUAAGGAAGUGAAAUAUGCACCCAAAUCCUGCAUUAAAGAAAUGCCUAACAUUAAUAUAAAUGUGUAAUUUUGCCAUGCCCAAUUAAUUCUGAAUUUGCCUCAGUAUUACCUAAUUUAUGAAUUUCAUAUUUAUAUAAGAUUCUGAAUGAUAAAGCUCAAAAUUUUAGGUCCAUUCUAUAACUGCAGCAAAUGAUUGUCAUGCAUUAAGUGUAUUCUGGUUUAAAUAAUUCAUAUUUUCCUUGUAUCAUGAUUGCACUUUGACUGUGCAUCCAUCCCAAUUUUCGUAAGCAAUGAAGUACACACAAGCAGUGGUUUUAAAAUUUUAUUAACAGGAAAAAAAUGCAGGGCCAUAAACAUGGGUACAAAUUUACUCACAAUUCUUAAAAUGUUACUAGCAUGAAGUAAAAUGUAAAAAAAUAUUAAAAACAUCCUUGAAUACACUUUAGUGAAAUAAAAUAUUUUUACUUGAACCUUUUGAGUGGUGCAAAAUUCAUCAUGUGUAUGCUGUGAUAUAUUCUCGGCUUAUGCCUUUUAUUAUUUUAUGCCACACCUGGCAAUGGUCCGGGUUACCAGUUUCAUAAUUUUUGUUUCAGACUUAAACAACACUGUUAAGUCAGUAAAGAUAAUGUUAGUGUUAAUGGUUAUUCUGUACGGUAAAACAAUCUUUUCAAAUAAAGAUACUUUUGGCAAUUAAGCAAGGGAAUUUCACUUCUAAACAUUUGUUUAAAACAGCAUUAAAAUUUUGAAAGUCAAGCUUCCUUAGGCCCUUUUGCCAGUCUUUAUUUUAAAAUCAAAUGAUUAAAAAGUCUUGUGUGCAUGCAUACAUUUCUCUUCCUGAGUGUUGUAGCAUGGAUGUCGUUAAUUAUACUUUUGUUGCUAACCCUGUGAUCAGAAGAGCAUUGAUCAUGUGCCUUGUAAUAGAAAAUAGUUUUAAUGAAUAUAUAACCAGGAACUAAAUAUUGUGUGACUAUUGUCUAAGCAUGUUCAAAUAUAUCAGUUUUUUUAAUAUUAAUUACUAAUGAAAAAAUACAGUCUGUAAAUUUCAGUUUUUUACAAAGACAUAGAUUUUAUGCAUUAUAAAACUUUUAACAAUUAAACGAUUCAAUGUCAGUACAAAAAUAUUUAUAUUUACCAAUAUGUUAUUUAUUGAAAGGUUAAAUCAGUGGUUCUCAAAUGUUUUCAGCCACCACCCCCUUGGCACCAUAAAUCGAUCUUUAGCACCCCCCUGUGUUACCUCUGAGUUUUAUUUCAGGACAGUAGUUUGCACAAAUCCGUAAGGAAGAUAAUACUAUAGAGUGUAAAAGUGUUAUUUGUAACUGAACAUAGCUCAAAUUUGGUUACUGUGUGCUUUGGAUGGGCUUAGUAAGAUGAUACGAUUAGUUCCAUAUCUGAUUUGAGGCAACUUAACACCACUCAUAAUCCAACACUUUCAGAAAAAAGGAUUAUAUUCCUUUGCUUGGAUUAAAGCAAAUCAGGGCUUCUUAACCACUUUCCACAGUACAUAAUAAUAGCAUGAACAUUUCUUCUGAAGCGGAAACUCUAAAUACCGUACAAUUUUUUUUAGCUUUGGCUUCAGCUUUGAAUUCAUCAAAAUUAACAAAAUGCAUCUGCAACUGAAAAUCGAUUUAUCCCCCAAUAUAAAAUUUGAAUUAAACAAAAUCAUAAAAAUCGCUCAGACACAAUUCUAUGUACCAUGUUCAAUCUUUUUUAAGGAAUAGCAUCAUUAGGCCACUUUGGGUGACAACCACAUACGGGUUGGCAGAAAAUGGAAAAUUGUAAAUUUGACAGUAGUCACUCAGGUCAUUUUCAAAACAGAAGUCAUUAGGUUCAAUCUGGUUGCCACCAUAACAGGAUAUCACCAGACAGUGCAGAUGGUCACCAUGACAUAGCAGGUUGUCACCUUGACAUAGCAGGUUGUCACCAUCUCAUAAUAAACACAUUUUAUAAAUUAUUUUAAAUUUAACAAUAGCUUUUCUGAUAAUCCACCAACACCUAGCUAAAUCUACUGCACAUUUUAACACCCCCCCCCCCCCCCACCCCCCCCCACCUGGAGGGCAGUACCGCCCCCUUUGAGAACCACUAAAACAAAAGCAUCAACAAUAAAAUAUUAUUACAUUAUUUUUUUUUUUAAAUCUCACAACCCUACAGAGCCCAAAAGUCCUGGACCACAGAAAACGCCAGAAAGCCUAAAGUAUAUCAGCCUCAUCCUACUGACAUUGCAAAAUGCGUUACUCAUCCUUGUUAUGCGAUAUGUGCGCACACGAGAGGGGGAGAUGUUUGGGGCGACCACUGCUGUUAUUAUGUCAGAGGCUUUCAAAUUCUUUGCCUGUCUUCUUAUAAUUCUUAUACAGGUAAUUAAAUGCAUGUCUCUAUUGCAAUACAACCUUGUAAAAAUUAAAAUGCAUGUUAUGACAAUGGUUUAGAUUUGUAACAUCUCUUUAACUUUAACACAUCAAGAGUUUUUUGGUUAUGUGAACUAUAAAAUAGGGGUUAAGGUACAUUGGUUAGUUUUUUUAUUUUUUGUGUGUGCAUAUGAAACUGUUUUUUAUUUUAAAACAAAACUUAUACUGUAAUAUAAUUCUUUAAGGAUAUUAAAAGCAUUUUGACUUUUAUUAUUAGCAAUGAUAUUUCAUAGAAGCAAAGUAUUAUAAAUAGUUUUCUUUCUAAUAGAUUGUCUGCCUUAAGUUAAAUAAAUAUUUUCCUUGUUUCAGACUGGAGGCGUAAGGGCGUGGUUGAAGCUGCUUUAUGAAGACAUUUUCCUUGAACCCCUGGACUGUCUCAAAGUGUCCAUUCCAUCUCUCAUAUAUGUUCUACAGAACAACCUACUUUAUGUAGCUGUUUCCAAUCUAGAUGCUGCCACCUUCCAGGUAAAUGACAUCCACCUAAUUCAAACAUUAAAUUCUACUGUUUACAUAAGAAUGUACAGACAAUAUGGAAAAAUGCUCUAUUAUAAAUACAGGAACUGAAUAGAAAAAAUUAAUUAAAUGAGAUUGGACUCUAUGAUAUAAUACAUUAUUUUUUAUGUUGCACAAGUAAAAGAGAUUUCAGAGUUUUAAAAAAAAAAGAUAUUUAUUGAUUCCCCUUCCACUGACAUUCAGAAAUUACUCUCCACAGGUGACAUAUCAAAUGAAAAUUUUAACCACUGCAAUCUUCUCUGUUGUUAUACUGAAGAAGGUCCUGAGUAGAUUGCAGUGGAUAUCUUUAGUUAUAUUAUUUGUUGGUGUUGCAAUAGUCCAGAUGCAGCCUGAAGAAACCAAAAAGACCAAGGUGGCAACAGAGCAGAAUCCCAUCUGGGGAUUGGUAGCUGUCAUCAUCUCUUGCUUCAUGUCGGGGUUUGCUGGCGUUUACUUCGAGAAGAUCUUGAAAGGCACCCGGCAGUCGGUGUGGCUGAGGAAUGUCCAGCUGGGGGCGUUGGGUGUUGUUAUCGGUCUCAUCACAAUGUAUUUCAAAGAUGGUGCUGAGGUGUCAAAGAAAGGAUUUUUUAAUGGGUACGACUCGGUUGUUUGGUUUCUCGUCUGUUUGCAGUCUUUCGGUGGCCUGCUUGUCGCAGUUGUGGUGAAAUAUGCUGACAACAUUUUGAAAGGGUUUGCAACUUCUGCAGCUAUUAUAAUCUCAUGCAUUGUGUCAAUAUACUUCUUUGACUUCCAUCUUUCUUUAGAGUUCACACUGGGAGCAGGUUUGGUUAUUGGGGCUGUAUAUAUAUAUAGUAAGUACGAGCCAGGACAAACACCCAUUCUACCAACAGCAACAACUAGGAAACUAUAAAAAAGAUUAAAGCAUGUACCUCUAUUUGAAUCAUUUAAUUAUUAAGACGGAAAAAUUCUGUGGGUAUUUAAGUUUUACUGAAAUUAUUGAUUCUUAACAAAUAAUUGUGUUGAUGAGUACUCCAUUUAAAAAAAAAAAAUGAAUGUUGUUACUUUUAAAUGUCAGCUCAACAAAUCAGAGCUCUUCACUUAAAUUUAAAUCAAUGCUGUUCAUUUUAUUGUGCUAUAAUUGCUUAGCCUUGCUAAAUAAGUUUACCAGAUGAUCUUAUCAAUAUUUAAUAAUUGUAUAUAUUGGGGAUUAUCUUAUUAUUUUCCUUUUAUAUGGUUGAUUUUAUGGAUAAUUAUGAAAUGAAUGAAUAUCUGAUAUUUAAAAAAAAAUUCAGAUAACAAGAUUUUUUUGGUUUUUCUUUUUCUGUUUGUGAUUAUUUAAGACUUGAAUCAUUUAAGUACAAAAUAAUCGAAUUUUUCAGUUAUUUUGGUAGGUGCCUCUCUGAUAAACAUUAAUUCGAGACUUAAAAACAAUUAAUUAUCCUCACGUAUUAUUUGUAUGUAUUACUUCAAUAAUAUGCACUCUUAACUUAACAUCGAGGGAGCACAGUAAGUUGAGACUAAAGGGAAUAUCCAUUCAUAUUAAAAUAUAGUUCUCAGAGGUCAGGCAUGUUCAUUUGAUAAAUUCAAGACAUGCUCAGCAUUACCAGAUUUUCUCUGUGAUUUUGUUGAUUGAUAAAGAUUACUCUCUGUAUCAAGUUCUGGUUCUUAGUGAGUUGGCAAGGUUAUCUCCACCUGCAGUUGCCUUGCUUGGGAAUUUUUUUUUUUCAAACUUGUUUACUAUAUGAUACUAUAUCAAUAAAAUAUUUAAAAGUACUUAUUUAUAUGAAUGAACAUCUCUAGAUAUCUAUUUAACUGUCUCCAAUUUCAUUGCAAGAAGGUUUCUUCUUAUUUCAUUGAAUUGUUUCAGCUUAGCAUUGGGAAUCCCCAGAGAUCAGUUCCAAUUUGUGAUCUGCAUCAUGAUCAGCCUGGUAAUGGCUGUAACUGUAGUCUUUUGUGUUGUGUUUUUUUUUCUUCUCAGCAUUGGUUACUUAUUGCUCUGCAACAAAACUAAGUAUUCUUUAUUUGAGCUCAUCAAAGCUGAGACCUAAGAAAAUUGAACAUUUUUUACUAAUUUUUUUAUUGUUGGCCUUAAUGAUUCAAUCUUUUGAAAGUAAAGCAAGAGCUUUAAAUAAGUGACAAGAGCCAAGUAGCAGCUGAACAGUUUACCAAUGCAAUAUUAUUAUAAAGCUUCUUCAUUCACGACCCACUUCAUUUAUUUUUUUGCAUCGAUAUUAAAACAAAAUGGAUAAUCCAUAUCAAAAGUUAUUAUUUUUAUAAACUUGCUGUGCCAUUUUAAUUUUCUUGUAGUUCCCUUUUGAUUUUUUAUAAAAGUCAAUAUUUGAAUGAGUCUUACAUAGAAUGGUAGUAGUAGUUUUCAACAAUUUCAUAAAUAUCAAGAACUUAAGAUGAUUUGUUUUAAAAAGUUUUCAUCAUAUUAAAAUAAUGCAAAAUUUUAAAAAAGAUUUGUAGAAUUUAAUCCAUGUCUUAUAUGCUAGUUUUAAUGGCUAAUUAUUAAUUGUUUUAUAACUAAAAUCCAUUCACUGUUUUACUUUAUCAUUGAUACACAUGUAGUCUGCUAAACAUCAAAAGCAGAUUUAUUUUUUUUUCUGUUUUGGGGAUAAAAAUUGCAAUUAUUCAUAUUGCUUUAGUCACCCUAUAUAGGUGUUAACAACAUAUUAGUUGAAUUAAUAAAAUUAAUUGCUUGUUAGCUAUUAAUUUUCAAUUUUUUGUAUUGAGCCUUUUUCUUUCAUAUCUAUAUGAAAGCUAAUGGUGUGACCUAAUUCUUGUUCAGUUGAUGUGAAUAUGGUCCCAAUUAGUGGUCUAUAAUAACAUUGAUUAUGUUUACUCUACUCUGACCAAAUCGAUAUAAUUCACAAAAGGAGAUGACUGAAAUAUACCAAAAACUGUUACAGUAGAAAACACAUUAUGAUUGUAAAAAAAAAGGGGUUAAUUAUUUUUUAAAAAUGUUAACAAUUACAAAAGGUUUAGCUAGACCUUGCAAAUAACUGACUUGAGUGGUGGUAAUGUAGACAUUAAAAAAUUUGUUCAAAAUACACUCUAAAAAUUGUUUUGAAUUGACUUUAGAACUUCUAAUUCUAAUAAAUUCUCUUGGUCUCGAUUAGCGAUAUAAAAUAACAUUUAUUACAUUCAAUGUUACCAAAGAAAGUCACUGAAAUUUACCAAAAACUGUUACAGUAAGAAACGCAUUACGAUCAAAGUCUAGAAAUUGUUUUGAAUUUAAUUUAGAUCUUCUAAUAAAUUCAUCAUAUUUAUUUAGCCGAUUAUAAAAUUUGACUUUGCAUUACUGGUACCUGUUAGUAAUAUGCAAUUUGGGGUAUUCUUCUUAAAUUUAACCAUACUUUUAGUUUUAAAAAAAUUACGAUGAGAUGUUAAGGUCCUAUUGCAUGUUGUUGGAAAGUUUGUAAGUUGGAAAAUAGAAUUCUCAUACUUGUUGCCUUUAAUCUAAAUAUUUUCAAUUUGUUUAAAAUCUAAAACUGAAAAACAGUAACUUGUAACGGUUUGCAUUUGAGUUAAUUAGUUAAAAGAAUAUUUGAACCAGGUGAACCCUGCAGUUGAUUCUUUCUUUCCUUCUUUGUUCAGAUUUAUAAUGAGACCAUAAAUACUGCUUUAAAAUUAAAUUAAUUUUGUAGUUGGAUGUUGAUAUAUAAAUUUCCUUUAGUUUGUACAUAAGAGGUUGUUUUUUUAAUCAAGUGGCUUCCAACUUUUCAUACAGAUGAUAUAUUUGCUAUUCAGUGUGUGCUUUUUGUAAAUUAACAAGAGUAACUCAAAUGAAGUAGUUUCCUUGUACCUGGAUACAUUAUAACCCACAUGGAUCAUUAUAUUACAAUUCGUUUAAAAAAAAAAAAAAACAAUUAUAUCCCAACUGAAAAAAAGAGGCUGCUGGGUAAUUCCAAAAAUUUGUUUACAUUUUAACUGUCAAUUUGGAGUCUGAAUCAUUUAAAUUUAUAUUGAUUUCUAAUAGAGGUAGGGCACAUUUUUCAUCCAUUUUAUAGAUUAGAGCGAAAUGUUGCUGGGAGCUUAUCCAAAUUUGUUUGUGAUACUCAUUUGUAUGUUUGUUGAGAUUUUACCGAUGCCUGUUCUCAUUUUGGAUUUUAUGUACCGGUAUGGUCUUCUGUAAAUCAUAUCAUUUUAUCAAUAACAUUAUUAAUAUCAGUUCUUGGUAAUAACAAAUGGACAUUUCCAUACUAAUAUAUUUUAGAAACUUUUUGACAGCCCCACCUCCACACUGGUUCUUGUGAAGAUCCUGUUAUUAAAGUUUCUUACAUUAUUCUGAGGGUUGUUACAUUUUUUUUUUUAAAGUUGGAUGUACAUAUUUUUAACUGUGGAUAAAUAUUUAAAAAAUAAAAUAUUCUGUGAACAUUUUUUGUAUCUUGGCAGUAAAUGAGGGAUUUAAAAAAAAUAUAUAUUAUUUGGGUUAAAAACAAUGUAUUAUUUGUUUUUAGAAAAACAAAUAAUUUUUCAUGGCUUCCAUCAGCAUGGGUGUUCACAUCCACGUCAGUGUUAAAUUUAUAAAUAAUUUUAACAUGACAAUACAUUAUAAUGGUAAGAACACAUAUAUUAACAUGACAAUACAUUAUAAUGGUAUGAACACGUAUAUCAACAUGACAAUACAUUAUAAUGGUAUGAACACAUAUAUUAACAUGACAAUACAUUAUAAUGGUAUGAACACGUAUAUCAACAUGACAA